GAGAAGAGCCACACCGAGAGAUGCUCCACCAUGAACCGGGUCUGGGCUGUGUUCAAGGCUCGCCCAUACAUCAGUAACGUCCUGGGAUACACAGCACUCUUUGCCUCAGCGGACCUCAUACAGCAGAGUGUUCUGGGUAAGACACCUGCUGCAGGGUUUGCAUCCGAGGGCUCAGCUGGCAUCGACUGGCGUCAGACCGCCCGGGUGGCGACCGUGGGUUUCUGCUUCCAUGCCAACUUUAAUUAUCAUUGGCUCAGAUGGCUGGAGAGGAUGCUGCCAGGAGGCGGGGUGAAGGUGGUGGCAAAGAAAGUGGUGCUGGAUCAGCUGAUUGGAGCUCCUCUUACCAUCAGUGCUUUCUAUGUUGGUUUGAGUGUUUUAGAACUCAAAGACGACCCACUUGAAGUCUGGAGACAAAAGUUCUGGACUUCCUAUAAGGCUGGAGUGGUGUACUGGUCAACAAUGCAGGCUGUGAACUUUACUUUUGUUCCCCCCGUGGCUCGAACGGCGUUCCUGGGAGUGAUUGCUCUUACUUUCACCGUCUUUCUGUGUCACCUCAAACAGCAGCACGGCCACAAACCUGACUGAAGCUUUUGCCUUCUGCUGACUUCUAUUUACUUUCACACACUCUUUAGUUUUUU